UAUUUUUUUUUUUAUUUUUGGUGACGGAAUAAUCAAUAAACUAUAAAAAUUGUAUUUUGGGGUUCUAUUGGAUUUGAUAAAGAAGCCACAUUGGAAUUUGGAUGGACUAAAAAUGCAGUCUUUAGUAUUGUUUGAACUUUACUUCGACUAUCUUAUUAUUUUGUUAUAGUUACUGUCGUGUUACUAUCUGCUGUUUCUGUUAGUAUCUUUAACUUACCUGUUAAUUAUCUUGAUCUUGUGUCUAUUUUGGUUUCAAUUUUUUUUAAUGAUUGAUUUGUUGAGUGUUAUAAGGGAAAUAAUGAAAUGUGUACAUAUUUGGGAAUUAUAAUCUUUCUCCAAAAAAAAACAGGACAAUGAUUUAGAAUAUUUAUGUAGCUGAAUCCAAUUAUUUUGGGAUUUUUAUUUUUGUUGUAGUACUACUGCCAUUAUUUUGGGAUUUUAAUUAGGCCAAGACUUGUGUUAGCUUUCAGUAAACUUAUAACGCUUGUUAUACACUUCAAAAUGCUUAUUUUGGGACUUUGAGGAGAUUGGAUACUUAAUGAUUAUGUUGGUUUGGUAUUUGGGAGUUGGUGUAAAUUCCUUUUAAAACCCAGUGGUUUAUUGUUAUGAGUUUCGAUUCAAGUGCGACAAUUAUGAUGAUAUUGAUAAUCGAGUUCCGGUUCAAGUCCGGCAAUUGAUGAUGUUAUUGAUAAUAUGAGUCUCGGUUCAAGUCGGUUAAAGAUGAUAAUGACGUUGAUGCAGUUGAGUUUCGGUUCGAGUCUGGCAUUGAGAGUUAUACUAUGAAGGUUUGGGAAAGGAUGGUAGAGUUGAGGCUGAGGAGGUUCGUGACUAUUUUCUAGAAUCAGUUUGGUUUCAUGCCAGGUCGUUCGACUACUGAGGUCAUUCACCUCGUGAGGAGAUUAGUAGAGCAGUUUAGGAAGAGGAAGAAGGACUUUCACAUGGUGUUCAUUGAUCUUGAGAAGACAUAUGACUAAGUCUCCAGGAGAUUCUGUGGAGGUGCUUAGAGGCUAGAGGGGUGCCUGUGACUUACACCAUGUUGAUUCAGGACAUGUAUGACAGAGUGAGGACGUGUGUGAGGACGGUAGGAGGAGAUUCAGAGCCUUUUCCUGUUUUGACAGGGUUCCAUCAGGGAUCGACUGUCCUUGGCUGGGGGUCUAUCGAAAACAACCUCUCCACUUCUUCGGAGGUAGUGGUAUAGACUGCGUACAUUUGACCCUCCCCAAACCCCACUAUGUGGGAAUACACUGGGUAUGUUGUUGUUGUUGUUGCAUCAGGGAUCGACUCUUAACCCAUUUUUAUUUGUCUUGGUGAUGGAUGUUUUGACGCGGCGUAUUCAAGGGGAGGUGCCUUGGUGUAUGUUAUUUACUAAUGAUGUUGCACUGAUUGACGAGACUCGGUAGUAGUUAAUGAUAAAUUGGAGGUUUGGAGGCAGACCCUUAAGUCUCAAAUAUUAGAUUGAGUAGGAUCAAAACGGAGUACUUGAAAUGUAAGUUUAGUGAUUUGUCGCAUGAGGUUGACGUGGUAGUGAAGCUGGAUUCUCAGGUCAUUCAGAAGAGGGAGAGUUUCAAGUAUCUUGGGUCUAUGAUUCAAGGGGAUGGUGAGAUAGACGGUGAUGUCACACAUCAUAUUGGUGCAAGGUGGUUGAAAUGUUGGCUCACUUCAGGAGUCUUGUGUGAUAAGAAAGUACCUCCUAAGCUUAAAGGUAAGUUUUACGGAAUGGCAAUCCGACUGACUAUGUUGUAUGGAGCGGAGUGUUGGCCAGUUAAGAACUCUCACAUCCAAAAGUUGAAGGUGGCGGACAUGACGAUGUUGCGAUGAAUGUGUGGGCUUGCCAAGAAAGAUAAGGUUAGAAAUGAAACUAUUCAGAAGAAAGUGGGAGUGGCUUUGAUGGAGGACAAGAUAUGGGAAGUGAGGUUGUGAUGGUUCGGGUAUAUGAUGAGGAGGCGAACGGAUGUUCCAGUAUGAAGGUGUGAGAAGCUGACUAUGGAUGGUUUUAGGCGGGGUAGAGGUAGGCCGAAAAAGUAUUGAAGGGAGUUGAUUAGGCAUGAUAUGGAGCAAUUACAGCUUAUGAAGGACAUGACCCUUGAUAGGAAGGUGUGGAGGACUCGGAUUAGGGUAGAUAGUUAGUGGGUAGGAGUUCAUCCGUUAUAGUAGGGAAGAGUGCUUUGUUUGUAGCUGCGCCUGGGUUUCUUGUUCAUGCUGCUUCGGUGAUGUCUAUGAUUUUGGAUAGAUAGUUUAUAGUAGUAUCUUGAGGGUGUGUUAUUUCCUUUAUUAUCUAGCAAUGUGUUAUUCCAUCUUGUUGUGCGCUUUUGUGUUUUUGUUUAUUAUAUAGUUAUGAGGCCUUAGCCGAGGGUCUAUCGGAAACAACCUCUGUACUUCAUGUGUGGUAGUGGUAUGCGUACACUUUACCCUCUCAAGACCCCACUUAGUGGGAAUACACUUGGUAUCUUGUUGUUGUUGUACUACUGCUAUUGGGAGUUUGCUGGGUAAUAAGGUAAUGGCAGUGGAGGAAGACGCUGAUCUUUCAGAUUUGAAGUAUCGACUGAGCCAAACGCAUGUUAGUUGGAAGCAAGAGAUGGAGGAAGGCCAGUCCCAAGUGGAUGCCUUGCAAGCAAAACUUUUAGAUGUAAAAGCUUGUAUUCAGGGGUCAGAAGAAGAUACAAAGAGAGAGUUAAAUGUUCUUUGGCGUAGAGUUAGAACUGCUGCAACAUUAAUGACAUAUUUGAAAGCUAAAGCCAGAGUCAUGGUGGUUCCUGAUUUGGCCUUUACAUCAUGUGGUAUAAAAAAACUACAUGGAGUAGGACUUAUUGAUAAAAAUGGUUUACCGUUGUCCAGUUGGUCAAGGGACAUAGAUCUAUCGUCUUUUGAUGAUGUUGAUGAUGAGACAUUGGUUAGACUUACGAGUACGCAAGAUUCUUUUGAUGAACAAGAUGGAUCUUAUACGAGCGAAUUACUCAGAAGUGUACAAAUGGUUACAGAUGUUAUGGAAAAUCUUGUCAAGAGGGUUAUAAUGGCUGAAUCUGAAACUGCUUUAGAGAAGGAGAAGGUAACAAUAGGUGAAGAAGAGAUUCAAAGAAGGGCACUUCAGAUUGAAAACAUGUCUACUAAGUUAGAAGAGAUGGAAAAGUUUGCUUUGGGUACAAAUUGUAUCUUAAAUGAAAUGCACCAGAGAGUUGAAGAUUUGGUCGAAGAAACUUCUAGACAGAGGCAGCGAGCUACAGAAAAUGAGCAGGAGCUUUGUUGUGUUAAGAGAGACUUUGAAUCUUUGAAAUCCUACGUCAGUAGUCUCAUUAGUGUCAGAGAAACUCUUCUGUCAUCAGAAAAGCAAUUCCAGACAAUUGAAAGGCUUUUUGAACGGUUAGCUGCAAAGACAACCCAAUUGGAGAGUGAGAAAAUGCAGAAAGAGGCUCAAGUCCAAAAGCUUAUGGAAGAGAAUGUGAAGUUGACAGCUCUCCUUGACAAGAAAGAGGCACAACUCUUGGCUAUGAAUGAACAAUGCAAGGUUAUGGCACUUAGUGCUUCUAAUAUUUAAGUAGUUGUCAUAAAGAGUUAAAUUCCAUGAAAUCUUCUAUUCAAUGAAUGCAUCUUUGAGAGGAACCUUGCAACUAUAGUUGUGUUGUAUUUGCUCAUUGGGUGAAGUAAUUCAACUAAUCAGAUGCACUUUGUUCUUGAAUUUAAUGGAAACUAUGCUGCACCACUUUUGGUGCAUUGUCUUUUA